AUGCUUGGUGCAAUGCUUGCUGCAUACCUUCGCUACUCUCGCAAGCCAGAGUCACGCAAGAGAGCUAUCUCCGCUGGUUCCCAUGUGCCCCAACUCGACUUCUACAAGGCCGACUACCGCAAGAGGGCCACUAUGAAGUCCAUCCUCGAGCGCUACGACAGUCUCUACACACUGAAGUCGACCAUCACAUCAUCCAAUAACUUCGCAGGCCUAAUCGACUUCUGCAUGCUGCUCGACCAAUUCUGCAUCAAAACCCUCGUCUUCCCCUCCUCGGUCACCAUCUACAGCGAGCUCGCCACCCACGGCGGCCGCCUCCGCGAAGAACUCACCGCCCAUACAACCACCCACUGA